AUGGCGGACAACAACAACAAUAAUAACAGCGACAUAUUCCCCGUCACGGUCCACCGGUACCCAGGAACUCGCAAGCCGUGCGCGUUCGAGCACACCACCACCUCACCAACAGGAGGAACACAGGCACAGACACAAACGCCGCGCAACGCGCUCGUGUUUAUCGGCGGGCUCGGCGACGGGCCGCCGGCCGCGGUGCCGUACGCGCGGGCCAUCGCCGCCAAGCUUUCCGGGAGCACGUACUCGCUGUUCGAGGCGCGGUUAUCAACAGCAUUCACGGCAUUCGGCUACGGCAGCCUGGCGCAGGACGUGGCCGAGCUGGCGGCGCUGGUCGCGUACCUGCGCGCCUCCUUGGAGAAGGAGCGUGUAGUCCUGCUGGGCCACUCGACCGGCUGCCAGGACUGCUUGGCGUAUGCUGCUGCUUCUGGAUCUGAUGGGUCAGGUGGUGGUGUUGGCGAUGUCGACGGGUUUGUCCUGCAGGGCCCCGUCUCGGACCGCGAGGCGGUCGCCAUGGACGUGCCUGCGGCCGACCUGGCGAGGAGCGUCGAGUGCGCGGCCGCCAUGAUUGCGCGCGGCGGCAAAGAUGAUGUCAUGCCGCGCGACUUGCUCCCCGAGGGGUUCCGCGCGGCGCCCGUGACGGCGUAUCGCUGGUUUUCGCUGGUGGGGGUUGGGGGCGACGAUGACUUCUUCUCGUCAGAUCUGCCUGACGACAAGGUCGCGGCCAUCUGGGGCGGGCUCCGGCAGCCCGUGCUCAUCGUGCCGUCGGGCGAGGACGAGUUCGUGGCCGGCCACAUCGACGUGCCGCAGCUCGUGGUCAAGUGGAAGAAGGCCUGCGCCCCGGGCAUCGCCAGCGACCUCUCCGGCCUCAUCCCCGGCGCCAACCACUCGGUUGACAGCCCGGACGCGCAGGAGUGGCUCGCCGACCGCGUGGUCCGCUUCCUCGCCGCGCUGGACUGA